ACGGGGCAGAAGCGGCAGCUGCAACAGCAACAGGCGAGCCGGGGCCGCCUCCGCAGCAUCCCGCCCGCCCUCCCGGCCAAUGAGCGAGCGGCCCAGGCGCCCCGCCGACCUGUUCCCCUUCGCCCUCCUGCCUCGCCAGGCUUCUGUGCUGGCUGACCGCCGCUCCGGCCCUGCUCCUGCCCGGCUGGGGCUUUCGGCGCGGGAGCGGCUGGUCGGACUCCUCCUGCUUGGCGGCUCCGGGCGCGUCGGAGCGGCGUCCACGGGGCACGAGGGGGGCGCGGAGGAAAAGUUGCCCGAGGCGGCGGCGGCGGCCUGAGUGGAAAGAUGGCCACGGCCCACCUAAGGUAUAUGCUCCAAGCAGCAGCAGCGGCUCGACAAUUACCCAGCUCAGGACGAAGGCUCCGCUUCUUCACUAGUGGUGCUGGCCUGACUACGGAGAGGAAUGUCCCGUACCAGAAGACGCUGAAGGAAGAGGGCCACUCCUCCGUGAAGGGCUACAAAGCCCUCCCUGCCUCCGCAGAUGUGGUGGUGGUGGGUGGGGGUAGCCUCGGAUGCCAGACAAUCUACCAUCUUGCCAAGAUGGGCAUGACCAAUGUGGUCUUGCUUGAAAGGGAUCGUUUGACCUCAGGGACCACUUGGCACACUGCAGGGCUCUUAUGGCAGUUGCGCCCGAGUGAUGUGGAGGUGGAGCUCUUGACUCACACCCGCAAUGUGGUCAGCUGGGAGCUGGAGGAAGAGACGGGCCUUCACACGGGCUGGAUCCAAAAUGGAGGACUCUUCAUUGCUUCCAACAAGCAGAGGCUGGACGAGUACAAGAGACUCAUGUCGCUGGGCAAAGUUUUCGGCAUUGAAUCGCAUGUCCUGUCUCCGGAGGAGACCAAAGAGCUCUACCCCUUGAUGAAUGUGGAUGACCUCUACGGAACUCUCUACGUCCCAGAGGAUGGCACAAUGGAUCCUGCAGGGACCUGCACGUGUCUCACUCGGGCAGCCAGCAACCGCGGGGCUCUGGUGAUUGAAAACUGCCCUGUGACUGGCAUUGAAGUCAGGACGGAUGACUUUGGGGUCCCACGGGUGGCGGCUGUGCUGACCAAACAGGGAGCCAUCCAGACAUCCUGCGUGGUCAACUGCUGUGGUGUUGGACGAUUUUGCUUUUGGUCUCUUCAAUCUGGACUGGAUAUAUUUAACAGCAUAUUGAUGGUGCUAUCAACCGAGUCCCAGUCCUGGAGCAAACUGGCAUUAAAUCAACUGUCUGUGGACCAGGUUCCUGAGGUGGACACCCCGGUUGCCACCUUAGCUUCGGCAUCAACUGUGGUCACAGGAGACAUCACCAACUGCCUUAAGGCAGAGGAUAAGAAGGCGGACAUCGUACUACAAUCCUUCACUGCAGACCAUAAACCUCUCUUAGGGGAAGCGCCAGAAGUCCGCGGCUUUUUCCUGGGAUGUGGCUUCAACAGUGCCGGAAUGAUGCUCGGAGGAGGCUGUGGGAAGGAACUGGCCCACUGGAUUGUCCAUGGACAUCCGGAGAUGGACAUGUUCAGCUAUGACAUUAGGAGGUUUCACAGGUUCCUUACCGGCAACAGCCGCUGGAUCCGAGAGAGGAGCCAUGAGUCCUAUGCCAAGAACUACUCCAUCGUGUUCCCCUAUGAUGAGCCCCUGGCCGGGCGGAACUUGAGGAAGGACCCUCUGUAUGAGGAGCUGCUGCUUCAGGGCUGCGUCUUCCAGGAGCGACACGGCUGGGAGAGGCCAGGCUGGUUCAACCCGGUGGGCACAGCGCCGGUGGCAGAUUACAACUAUUACGGGGCUUAUGGCCACCCGCCCUGUGAGGAGGAUGCCUACCGCCGGCUGCUCUCCGAGGAGUACACCUUCGACUUCCCUCCUCAUCACAGCACUAUCCGGAACGAAUGCUUGAGCUGCCGAAAUGCUCUGGCAGUCUUUGACAUGUCUUACUUUGGCAAAUUCUACCUGCUGGGUCCGGAUGCCAGGAAGGCUGCCGAUUGGCUCUUCACGGCCGAUGUUCGCAAGCCCCCAGGAACCACCGUUUACACCUGCAUGCUGAACAAAAACGGGGGAGUGGAAAGCGAUUUGACCGUGAGUCCGAUCGACCCUGGGCCCCAAGACUCAGCACUGGCUCCUGCCUUUGAAGGGGAUGGCUACUAUCUGGCUAUUGGGGGUGCUGCUGCCCAGUACAACUGGUCACAUAUCAGGACGGUGCUGCAGGAGAAACACUUUCAGUGCCAGUUGAUCGACCGGUCGGAAGAGCUGGGCAUGAUCAGCAUUCAAGGCCCUGCCAGCCGAACCGUCCUGCAGGAAGUUCUCGAUGUGGACCUGAGCAAUGAGGCCUUCCCAUUCUCCACCCACCAGCUGGCCAAGGCUGCUGGCUGCCUGGUGCGGGCCAUGAGGCUGUCGUUCGUGGGCGAGAUGGGCUGGGAGCUGCAUGUGCCCCGGGAGCACUGCCUGAGAGUCUACCGGGCGGUCAUGGAAGCCGGGGCCAAGCACGGCAUUGCCAACGCCGGAUACAGAGCCAUCGACUCCCUCAGCAUCGAGAAAGGUUAUCGGCACUGGCACGCAGAUCUCCGCUCAGACGAUAGUCCCCUGGAAGCCGGCCUGGCCUUCACCUGCAAGCUGAAGUCAGAGGUGGCUUUCCUGGGACGGGAGGCAGUUGAGGUUCAGAAGGAUGCUGGUCUCUUCCGUCGCCUGGCCUGUUUCACCAUCGACGAGAAAGUCCCCCUCUUUGGCUUGGAGGCCAUUUGGCGCUACGGCCAGGUUGUGGGGCACAUCCGAAGGGCGGACUUUGGACACGCUAUCAACAAAACGAUUGCCUAUGGCUACAUCCGAGAUCCUGAAGGAGGGCCGGUCUCCCUUGAGUAUAUAAAAAGCGGGGACUACAUUUUGGAGAGGAUGGGAGUUCCUUUUCCAGCCCAAGUCCACACCAAAUCGCCUUUUGAUCCAGAGAACAAGAGGGUGAAGGGGAUCUACUGAAUUCGUUGAACGGACGGGCACCCAACGUUAAUGGCUCAAGGCAACAUUAAUGGCUCAAGAAAAGUCCUGGGGCGGAGCGUGUGGGAAAAAUGAAUUUCCUCUUUGGGAGACUUAACCAGGAAGUCCA